AUGCGCUACGACAACUGGGAUGUUAUCCUUUUCCCCAGAGACUCUCUGGUGCCCAUUCAGGAGUUCCGAACUGCCUGCUAUGUGUCCCAGGACGACCAUGGCCGCAACCUUCCAACGUUGACCUGUUACAUUGCCUCGCUCCCUACGUCGACGCCGUUCCGCAUCUCGAUCCAUUCGUGGGCCGUCCCAGCGAAGCCGUCCGCCCUCAUCGAGUCCCGGCGGAAGACAAAUCAGCGAGUCGUCUACACGACACAGGUCAUUGCUGACGGAGCUCGAGUUUUUCAUGGCUUCUACGAGGUGACGUCCAAAUGGCCGCAAGAGAUUGUGAACGAAAAGCGAUCGAUUACAUAUCCGGAACAGCAGUCGAGCCACCGCGGCCCUUUCCUCGAGUUCCCGCCUUUCCAUCAGAAUGUUCUUAUGCAGAGCGCCUGGGACGCUCGCGAACACAAUGGAAGGAUCAAGGUCCUGCUGUCGGAGCAAUUGAUUCGCAAGUCGAAUAACCCUGGCGAAUUGGACCUCGGGGCGACGAACGAUAUUGUUUGCUUCGCUUUCCAGCAUGCUCCCAGAGAUAUUCUUGAACAAGCCGGCAUUUCGUGGCCGAUCCGCAAUCCUCUCUACCUGCCAUCCACGAACAACACCCGCCCCUUAGCCUCGCAGAUGCCUCCUCCGUACGGCAAACCCCGCGAUCCGAUCUCGGAAGCCCGUGUGGAAUCGCCUCUCUCUCACCACACCGGGUACGGAUUUGCCAGGACUCAGAAUCCCGAGCCACAUGCGAGGCCGCGGACCGAUCCGCCUCCUCAAUUCUCCCAGUUUCCUAAGCCCGCUACAGGCGGAGGACGAGGUCCACGGGCAGGCAUGUGGGAUAACUCUAUGGCGGAGUCAUUCGGGGACACUUUCGACCACAUGAGCAUGGACACAUGGUCGACGAAACGAACCAGUUCUCAUGGUACCGGCGAUAUAUCUAUGACGGACUUCAUGUACCCUCCGACAUCCUUUGCGAACCCGACCGACGCUUGGAAUAGUUCCAGCACGCAGUAUGACCAGGACGCGAGCAGAUUUUGGGAAGGCAACCAACCACGACGGGAUAGGAAGGCAAGGCAAGUAAUCGUAACACUGCGAGACGACCAGCUCGGGCAGCUGAUCGAAGCCAUCAGUCCACCAAAGAAAGCCCGGGAUCGAGACACGAGCAGCCAGCGCUCUGAUCACGGCCAUGGGCAAUCCGUACAAACGGGACUUCAGCCUCCGCCCCCAAGAAUGGCUGGUAUGCCUCUCACGACACGGCCUUCUGCUGCAUCGCUGGCACGCAAGCAAUCAUAUCCAGAGUUCAACCCACAUUUGCGCAAUGUGCCCAGCAAGGCCUCGCCGGACAAGGGCGCUCCAAGUGAACUAGCACACAAGUCUCCAGCCAUGUAUCACGCCUCGUUCACGAGCGACAAGGAGAACCGUCCCCCGUCCCAACAGGACUCUCGCCUACCGACUCCAUAUCCAAUCGCGAACAGGGUUCCCACUCCGCACCCCUUCGUUCCGCAACUCGGCAGAUGGGACUCCGAUGCCUCCAUGCGCGACCCAUCGUCCGUAUUCUCGAGCCUCUCGCGCUUCGAGCAGCUCCAGCAGGCGCGGCCUGAAGGCAAGAGCAGCCCCAUCCCCGGCCCUUCGGCGGGCGGCAGCAUCCGGUCCCGAAAAGAAGGGCUCGGUGUCAACUCCCCAGCGCCCGCAGCAGCAGUGCCUCCGCACCACGACAUCCGGCACGACAAGAGCCUGCUCCCCGCGCUCGACACCACCACAACGACGACGGCAAAGCAGCACGACAAAGUCCCCCACAACACACCCAUCACCACCUCGCCGCACACGCGCAUCGAAGACAUCAUCAAUCCCAACCCGCACUCCGCCUCCGACAACGGUAGCAGGUCUUUCCUGCCCAGCCACAAGAGCGGCAUGUCCAGCAUUGACAGCACGGGCCGCCUCGAGAGACAGCUGUUCAGCGCGCUGGGCGAGGAGCUGAAUAGCUUCGCCGAUAACCUCGAUGCGCCGUCGGGCUUGGUGGAGAGUGCGGCGCUGCCGGGGUUGGAGGAGCUGGAUGCGCCGCUUGUUAAGAGGAAGAGGCAGGGCACGUUUGGAGCGGAGAGGGGACGUAGUCCGAUGGCGAAGAUGGUCAGGGAGGAGAGGGGUGGUGAGGUGGUGGUGCAGGGGGCGGAGAUGCCGCAUUUGAGGGGGGAUUGA